UACUGCCUCUCCUCUGAAUAAUUCAACCACUCACAAUUUUUCCGGGCAUUGAUAUAUAAAAAAUCAAUUAAUUAAUAAAAUAAUGAUUGCUUUUAUUUUUUAAUUUAUAUUUCUAGCUAAAUUUUUAUUUUUGUGCGUAAUUAUUCAACAUUAUUACCAUGAACCCAUGAUUCGCUGGAGAAGAUAAAAACAGUCCACUACAUUUUCAACUCUUAGCGUCAGAUUCAUUGAACGUGGACGGAUUUCCGACCCGGUUCGGUUCUUUCAUCUUUUGACCGUCCAAAAAGCAUUUCGGUGAUUUACUCAUUCUGUAAUUCCGAUCCACAUACAAAUCCAGAGCAUAUAAAUUUACCCGUUUUCACCCUUUCUCUGUUUGUUUGCCUUUCUUCUACAGUGAGGUGAAUGGGGUGGGGGCCCCACUCAAUUUCUCGCACCUGACGUGUCAUCCACUAUCAAUGGCGUUCAAGGAAGCCUUAUGAAGGACGGAGGUGAAUUAAGAUAGGAUUUUUUAUUUAUAAGCCUGGAAAUAUAUUAAUUUACAGUGGAGACAGGCAAAAGAGAAGAGAUGGACAUAAGGAGUUUGUCAUCUUCUCGACAUGAAAACACACCGUAUAUUCACAAGGUGGGGGCCCCACGAAAAGAGAACCUCUUUAAGGAGAUCAAGGACACUGUGAAGGAAACCUUGUUUGCAGAUGAUCCAUUUCGGUCGUUUAAGGACCAGUCAAGGACUCGGCAGUUCAUCCUUGGCAUGCAAGCCAUAUUCCCCAUUCUUGAUUGGGGAAGAAAUUAUAGCCUUGCUAAAUUCAGAGGUGAUCUCAUUGCUGGUCUAACCAUAGCAAGCCUAUGCAUUCCUCAGGACAUUGGCUACUCGAAGCUUGCAAACUUAGAUCCUCAAUAUGGACUAUACUCAAGCUUUGUCCCACCAUUGGUUUAUGCAUUUAUGGGAAGCUCAAGAGAUAUAGCCAUAGGACCAGUGGCUGUUGUGUCACUCUUGCUGGGAACUAUGCUUCGUAAUGAAAUCGAUCCAACUAAAAAUGCAAGAGAUUAUAGGAGGCUCGCAUUUACUGCCACUUUUUUUGCUGGCAUCACGCAAGCUAUCCUAGGGAUCCUCAGAUUGGGGUUUCUGAUCGACUUCUUGUCUCAUGCUGCUGUUGUUGGUUUCAUGGGCGGUGCUGCCAUUACAAUAGCCCUCCAACAGCUAAAAGGCUUUCUUGGAAUAAAGAAAUUCACAAGAAAAACAGAUAUUGUUUCUGUCAUGAAGUCUGUAUGGGGUUCAGUCCAUCACGGAUGGAAUUGGCAGACCAUUCUGAUAGGGGCAUCCUUUUUAGCUUUCCUCAUGCUUGCAAAGUAUAUUGGGAAAAAACACAAGAAACUGUUUUGGGUGCCUGCAAUUGCUCCCCUGAUAUCAGUCAUCCUCUCCACAUUCUUCGUUUACAUUACACAUGCAGAAAAGAGAGGAGUUACGAUUGUAAGUCACAUUGAGAAAGGAAUCAACCCUCCAUCAGCAAAUCAAAUAUAUUUUUCUGGAGAUUAUCUUUUGAAAGGAGUGAGGAUUGGCGUGGUAGCAGGCAUGAUUGCAUUAACAGAAGCUGUGGCUAUUGGGAGAACAUUUGCUUCCAUGAAAGACUAUCAAUUGGAUGGAAACAAGGAGAUGGUGGCACUUGGAGUGAUGAACAUCGUUGGCUCAAUGACCUCCUGCUAUGUGGCAACAGGUUCCUUUUCCCGGUCAGCCGUGAACUUCAUGGCAGGUUGCAACACAGCGGUUUCAAACAUUGUGAUGUCCUUAGUUGUAUUCCUAACUCUGGAAUUCUUGACCCCCCUCUUUAAGUACACGCCAAACGCAAUCCUUUCUGCCAUCAUCAUCUCUGCCGUGAUUAGCUUAAUUGACUAUGAUGCGGCAAUAUUGAUUUGGAAAAUAGAUAAGUUUGACUUCAUCGCUUGCAUGGGAGCAUUCUUGGGUGUGGUUUUUGUCUCUGUUGAGAUUGGUCUUUUGAUUGCGGUUUCAAUAUCCUUUGCUAAGAUUUUGCUGCAAGUGACGAGGCCACGCACAGCCAUUCUUGGAAGGAUUCCCAGGACAAAUGUAUAUAGGAAUGUCCAUCAAUACCCCGAAGCAACAAAGGUUCCAGGUGUAUUGAUUGUGAGGGUUGACUCUGCCAUUUACUUUUCAAACUCCAACUAUAUAAGGGAGAGAUUACUGAGAUGGCUGAUAGAUGAGGAAGAGAACUUGAAAGCAGCUUCCCUCUCUAGAAUUGAUUUUUUGAUUGUCGAGAUGUCACCGGUUACCGACAUCGACACUAGUGGCAUUCACGCAUUGGAAGAGCUGCAUAGCAGCUUGCAGAAAAGAGAUGUUCAGCUGGUUUUGGCCAACCCUGGAGGAGCUGUUAUUGAAAAGCUGCAUGCAUCCAACUUCCCCAACCUCAUUGGCGAAAACAAAAUCUUCUUGACAGUACAUGAUGCCGUGGUAACUUGUUCUCCGAAACUGCCAGAUGUGUAAGGGGUGUUGUGGGUGAAAGAAAAAUGAGUGAGCUAUAUGCCUAUAUAUAUAAAUGGAUGUUUACAGAUCAUGAUAUCAACAAGCUGGGAUAGCCAUAUGCAUUACUUCCUAGAGCUUAUUGCCUUAUUCUGUAGUGCAUGGUGGGGUGGGUCAUCAAGAAUCUGACUGAUAGAUAACACGACAUGCCACAUAUAAAGAACUGGCACUUAUGCUGUAUGGAAGGUGUGUUUGAGCAAGUGAUAUACAAAUUUGUUUUAUGAUGAUCUGAAAACAUUGUAUCUUGAUCAGUGUGUUCUGAUGCUUAAUA